AUGGCAAUAGUGCGGUUUUUAAUUUAUUUGACACUAGCAUCGUUAUGCGUGUCGGAGCCCGCGGUGGAGCCCAAGACUGAGGAGACACAGGACCCUGAAGAGCCUCCAGAAGGAUACUACGCGUUUGUAGAGUCGCCCAAUGCGACUCCACCGAGAGUACGUCCGCCGCCCUACCGACAAGUGCUGUCAGAGUGCGCGCCGGCGGGCGAGCGCGCGCACGUUAGCGCGCACAACCUGUGCGGCGACCUCAACCGCGGCCUCAUCCCGCGCAACCCCAUGGGCCAGAGCCCUAACGGAGAGCCCUACCCUUUCGAGCUGAUCCGCAACCACACGCUGCGCUUCCUGUCGCGCACGCUGCCCGUGCUGCGCGCCGACGACGCGUUGCCGCGCGUGGCGCACGUCGCGCCCGCCGCCCCCGCGCCUGCCGCCGACCUGCACCACAACCGCCUAGAGGAGCGCGCGCGGCGCUCGCUGCCGGCGGACGAGCCGGCGCCGGCUGAGCACCGCGCCGAGUCGCGCGGCUUCUGCGACGGCGGCGGCGUG